UCGCUACUCCCUCCCUCCUCCCGUCCCUCCCUCCCUCUCUGCGCAGUCCGUGUGCUGUGCAAAACUCUUCCAUCGUGUUGUUGUCUGAAUCGUGGUGUCCGUUUCGAAGAUUUCAUUGCGGCGAGAUUCACGUUCCCUCUUCUUGUUGUUUGGUUGGUCGGUGUGCACGUUGCGCGCCGAGCCUGCACCGCUUGUCCGUCGUUCUCGAGGGACGAGCAGCAACUCGUAAGGACGGGAGAGUAGUCGUAGCAGGAGGAAGCAAGGAGAAAGGAGAAGCAGGAAGAAGGAGAAGCAAGGCUUGUCAGCCACUCAAUCGUGAGGGAAAAAGCGGCAGCCAUGGCCGCCGCCGCCACGAGCGCCGCCGCCUCCGGGCUGGCUAGUCGUCUUCACUCUCUUUGUUCUCCCUCUUCGCUUGCCGGCGGCGAUGUCGGCGGAGCCUCCUCCCGUCGCUGCCCCGGUCUCUCCUGCGCUCUGCAGAAUGUCUCAAUCUCGUCGCCUUGUUCUCCCUUGGAGAUGACCUCUUCUCUGGGCAAUCUCUUCCACGUGGCGCCUGGAGCGGCUCCGACGCAGAGCACCACAUGUCCAUCUUCAACGUCGCUUUUGUUCGGCCACGUGGCGAAGAGAGCGUCGAGGAUGGUCUCCCUCAGAGUCCGGGCAGAUAUCGGAGAGGAGCUUGAGCAAGUAACCAGCUAUGGCGGCGUCGAGGACGAAGAAGUAGAGCAGGAAACUGCAGCAGGGACGAAGCUCUACGUUGGUAACCUGCCAUGGAAGGUGGACAGCGAGUCCCUCGCAGAGGUCUUUGAAUCUGUCGGGAAAGUGGUUUACGACAGGAUGACAGGCAGGAGCCGUGGAUUUGGAUUUGUGACCAUGGGCUCUCUAGAGGAGGCGCAACGGGCCAUUGAUCAGCUGAACGGAAUGGAGCUAGACCAAAGGAUUCUGAGGGUGAACUUUCCGCAAGUAGGGAUGAGUGAAAGGCGUAGUGGAGGUGGCGGCUCUGGCGCUGGCGCUGGCUACGGUCAGCGCCCUCCCAGGGGGCAAGAUAACCCGAACAAGCUGUAUGUGGGUAACUUGGCAUGGGGUGUGGAUGACGUCGGUCUUCAUGAUCUCUUUUCAACUUUUGGAAAUGUUGUCGAGGCUAAGGUGGUGAUGGAUAGAGAAAGCGGGCGCUCGAGAGGGUUUGGUUUUGUCACGUUUGAACAGGACGGAGAGGUUAAUGACGCCAUCCAAGGGUUGAAUGGAGUGGACGUGGACGGAAGAACGCUUCGCGUCAAUCUUGCAAGCUCAAAGCCUGCUCGUAGUGGUGGAUAUGGGGGCAGAGGCGGCAGAGGAGGGUACGGUGGAGGCCGGGGCGACGAUGGCUAUGGGGAUGAAUGAAGCGAAUGAGACCUCUUGAGAGACUCCAGAGAGUUGUUUAGUCAAGCUAGAGAGAGAAAAUGACAGACAUUGAGACUCAUUGUUUUCUUUCGUUUGUUUCUGUUCAGUUUCGGUUUGACGCCCUUGAGUCAAUGAUCUAGAAUGAGUAAAUGUUUGUUCUGUUUGUGAUUCCUUUGCCUCUUGAGUAGCGUUUAGUAAGGAAGGAGGAAGAAGGGCACACUGACCCUUCACUUUUAUGAUAGAACCGAUGGUUCGACUUUACCAGCCAUCCAGAGUUAUUCCAGAUCUGGUUUUGUGUCUUAUAAUACUUUACGCCGGGGUUUCGUGAUCUCCCUGGAAGAAACACUUGCGCUUUUCUUCUUCACCAUUUGGGGCGUGAAUGCAGUCGGGGAGGGCGUUUAGUUGGAGAGGGACAGGGAGAGGGUGGUAGUCUGAAAAUCUCCUUCGACUAGAGUUAGUAGAUUGCUGGACAGUGCCUCGCCUUUAUUUUGUACCAAGGAAUGGACGAACUGGAAAAAGAUGGUCAUUUUGUACCAAGGUAUGGACCAACUAGGAUCUAGUGUCUUCUGCGGCAACUCUUUGAACACGUACUUGCUUGCUGUUGGAAUAGCUGAGCUGAUCCUUCUUUCUUCAUGUUCUUUUUCAUUGUUCUACAUCAGCAAGAUUGCAGGAGAUUGCUAAAGGCACUGCUGCUCUCUCAUUCUGACCGAAGGAGUCUCGGGUUUUAGUGGAGGAUUCAGGAGGAACGAGUGGGUAAAGGUGCAGGAGAGGCUUGUGAAAAUCUCGAUUGAGGGAGAGUUUAGCAGGUCGCCAGCGUAGUGUCGCCUUGUCGGCGACCAAGGCGUGAAGAGUGUAAGGAGGCUACAAGGAGGAACUUGUCGUUCCUUCCUACGACUCCCGGAUGUAGACACAGAGGAGCGCUUGAUUGACCUUUGCCAGGUGGGCUGGCAUAGGUGGAGGUGAGUAUAAUACUCUCUGGACGGAACUGUGUAGGAUAUAAGGAUAUACGAAUGCACACUUGAUUCAAUUCUAUGGAUGGAAUCGACUUUUUAUCGUACGGUACGUUUUGCCGUAGUGUACGUAAACAGCUCUCCAUUAUACAGAAUUGUUUGCUGUACGUAGCCGUUUGCGAAGCGGGUAGGAUGCAACAUGGCGUACCCACCUGCAUUUACAUACGCAUUUGCUGGGGCGGAUCUGACCUGUAGGGGGGCUGCAGGGUACCAACCUACUCGCGGGAUUGCAAUCGGACUCGCAUCGGCGAUGUACGAUUGCAAUCGGAGUUGUUGGCGAGGUACCAACCUGUCUGUACAGUGUCGUUGCACUCGUCGGUGGUGUAGAGAUGGUGUGAGAGGGAGAUCAGAUACCAUUGUGAUGCUCAGGUGAUUUGGUGAAUUGCCUACAUGUCCAAAAAAAAAAAAAGAGGGGGAAGAUGCGAAGGGGGGAAAGGGGAGGCAGGAUUACAAGCGAUUUCGGCAAUGUUGUGGAUGGUAGAUAGUCCACGGCUCCCAAGUACCACACAGCUUUUUCGCCUGUAUUGAUUUUUUUUUACACAGGUUCUUUUCCGUAAUGGUAACCUCUCGCUCACUGGAUGUACCAACAGGCUUUUCUUCAAUGUAUGGAAUGGACACGAAGCACACACACACGUGCACGCUUUUAUGGACUAGGUAUAAGUAAUAUGCAUGUAUAUGUAUACGUGCAAGUGUGCCGCCUGGCCUGCAGAUGGGUGUGUGGGCAUUUGGCACUGAGCCACACAAACGUGGCCAACCUUGCAUUUUCCAUUAGAUUAGCUAUCUAUAACCCCUCCCCCCACCCCCCCCCCCCCCCCCCCCCCCCCACACACACACACACACACACACACACACACACACACAAACAGAGAGAGAGAGAGAGAGAGAGAGAGAGAGAGAGAGAGAGAGAGAGAGAGAGAGAGAGAGAGAUGGUUUGUGAGCUGAUUGCAAACCUCGGGCUGUGGAAAGUGAGGUGUAAACUAACU